UGGGAUCUGUUUUCCCGCGAACGAGUCGCAGGUCCCCGCGCCACAAAGCGAGUGAAGGAGGAUCGGAGCUGCAGCUAACACACGUCAGACCACCAUGGGAAUUCACGGGCUCACCAAGCUGAUCGCGGACCAGUCUCCCGGAGCCAUCAAGGAGCAGGACAUCAAGAACUACUUCGGCAGAAAAAUUGCCAUAGAUGCCUCCAUGUGCAUCUACCAGUUCCUGAUCGCUGUGCGACAGGACGGAAACGUUCUGCAGAAUGAAGAUGGAGAGACGACGAGCCACCUGAUGGGAAUGUUCUACCGGACGAUCCGCAUGCUGGAGUACGGGAUCAAACCUGUGUAUGUGUUUGAUGGCAAACCUCCACAGCUCAAGUCAGCAGAGCUGGAGAAGAGAGGCGAGAGGAGGGCAGAAGCUGAGAAGAUGCUCGCUCAAGCUCAGGAAAAAGGGGAACAAGAGAAUAUUGACAAAUUCUCCAAGCGUCUGGUAAAAGUCACCAAACACCAUAAUGACGAGUGCAAGAAGCUGCUGACCCUGAUGGGGGUCCCCUACAUCGAGGCUCCGUGCGAGGCAGAGGCCAGCUGUGCCGCUCUGGUUAAAGCAGGGAAGGUGUUUGCCACGGCAACAGAGGACAUGGACUGUCUGACCUUUGGCACCAAUGUCCUGCUCAGACACCUAACCUCCAGUGAAGCAAAGAAACUUCCAAUCCAAGAAUUCCACUUCAAUCGAAUCCUGCAAGACAUCGGCCUGACCAAUGAACAGUUCAUAGACCUGUGUAUUCUGCUGGGCUGUGACUACUGUGGCACCAUCAGGGGGAUCGGCCCCAAGAGAGCCAUCGACCUGAUCAAACAGCACGGCUCCAUCGAGGAGAUCCUGGAAAACAUUGACACCAGCAAGCACCCAGUUCCAGAUAACUGGCUGUACAAGGAGGCCAGGGGCUUGUUCCUGGAGCCUGAGGUGGUGGAUUGUUCCACAGUGGAUUUGAAGUGGGUCGAGCCUGAUGAGGAAGAUCUGGUCAAGUUUAUGUGUAACGAGAAACAGUUCAGUGAGGACAGGAUUCGUAACGGCUUUAAGAAGAUCCUGAAGAGUCGACAGGGCAGCACACAAGGACGACUGGACUCGUUCUUCUCUGUCACUGGAUCUCUGUCCUCCAAGCGAAAGGAACCUGAGGUUAAAGGAUCGGCGAAGAAAAAGCAAAAGACUGGAGCCACAGCCGGCAAAUUUAAGAGGGGAAAAUAGACUGAACGCAAUUAUAAAUAAUUCAUGAACUAAUUAAAGAGAUGUAAAAAAAUAAACUUGUGUUGACAAGAAAAGAAGCAACAGAGUAGGAGGUUGUGUGUAAUGAUGAGUUCAGCUGAACGUCUGUUAUACACAAGUUAACUUGAUGAUGUAAAAACUAUUGUUUUAAGUGACUGUUUAAGGGUUUUGUCUAAAUUCGUUUUCUGUUAAAUAAAGGUAAAGAUUUUUUUUGUA